CGCGGCGGCGGCGGCGCUAUAUAAGGGCGCUGCGGCGCGGGCGCGCAGGGCUGGCGGGUGGGCGCCGGGGCCGGGCCGCGCUCGCGCCGCCGCCAUGAGGGAGCGGAGGCCGCCGCCGGCCGCCCCGGCCCGCUGCAAGCUGGUGCUGGUGGGCGACGUGCAGUGCGGCAAGACGGCCAUGCUGCAGGUGCUGGCCAAGGACUGCUACCCCGAGACGUACGUGCCCACCGUGUUUGAGAACUACACGGCGUGUCUGGCCAGCGAGGAGCAGCGCGUGGAGCUGAGCCUCUGGGACACCUCCGGCUCUCCCUACUACGACAACGUGCGUCCCCUGUGCUACAGCGACUCGGACGCGGUGCUGCUCUGCUUCGACAUCAGCCGCCCCGAGACCCUCGACAGCGCUGCCAAGAAGUGGAAGACGGAGAUCCUGGACUACUGCCCCACCACCCGGGUGCUGCUCAUCGGCUGCAAGACGGACCUGCGGACCGACCUGAGCACCCUCAUGGAGCUCUCCCACCAGAAGCAGGCACCCAUCUCCUACGAGCAGGGCUGCGCCGCGGCCAAGCAGCUGGGAGCGGAGAGCUACCUGGAGUGCUCGGCCUUCACGUCGGAGAAGAGCGUGCACAGCAUCUUCCGGACCGUGUCCGGCAUCUGCCUCAGCCGGCCCGGCCCGCCGCCCCCCAAGAGCCCCGCGCGCGGCCUCUCCAAGCGCCUCCUGCACCUGCCCAGCCGCGCCGAGCUCAUCUCCUCCGCCUUCAAGAAGGAGAAGGCCAAAAGCUGCUCCGUCAUGUGAAGGGGGGGGACGGGGAGGACGUGGCCCCGGCCCCCCGGGGCGGUGGGGGCUGCGGCGUGGUGCCCCGCGGGGAGGAUGCCGCCGGCCCCCCCAUCACACCGCUUCCCCCCAGACAGCGCGCGCGUCCUGGGGCCCGGGGCUGGGGGGCAGCCCCCGCCGAGAUGCCAUGGGGUGGGGGGCCCGGGGGACCCCCGGCGCGGAGGGGACCUUGCUCAGCGGCUGCUCCUGAGCCCCCGGAGCCGGCAGGACUCAUCCACGGACUCAUCCUUUUUCUUUGAAUGCCCAGUUGGUGUCUGGCUCUGCCCCAUCCCUCAUCUGCUGCUUGGCCCCGGUGCCCCCCCGGGGGCUCUGCGGGGCUCCGGGCGGGGGGCGACGUGUUUUAUAGACUGUCUCUUGGGGUGACUCUGUUCAAUGUUCAGUGUUAUUAAAAAGCUUAUUUAUUAUUGGAAAUAUAACAACUAUCCACCGUGCA